AAGCAAGUGUGCGAGUCGCACAUGUGAUUGGUCAGAAAUUGACGUGUUUGUCAUUGAUCACGUGACUGUGAACCCAAUAUAGGACGGAGAUGACGUCGCGUCGCGCGUCCUCUCCGUACAGCAACGCGUUGGUGAUUUACGCAGCUUCACUAGAUAGCGGUUUUGAGUUAGAUAUUUGAACAGGAAUAAUAUUAUUAAUAAUAAUAAUUAGGCGGUUUGAUAUAUAUAUUGUGACGUAACGGUUUACCGACUGGUUAACUCACUGGAUUAUUAUCUGUUACACGGCUACCAUAGCAACUCCUACUGGAUCCAGGUGAACUCUGCUUCUCUACGUGAAGCUCUUUAAUAGUACACUUGGGUGACCCUGAGCGACAUUUUGCUCACUUUAGCGGUAUUUAUUAGCGCAGUUGAGGCUUUUCACGCUUGCUCGGGUUCCACCGGAUAUCAUGCAGGCCGGACAAAGAGUUACCCCACGCGGUGCGGGAUCCGCUGUGAACGGUGCGGUGGAAAACCCUGUCAUUAGAGAGCUGGUGGACGCGAACGGGGACGAGGACUCCGAGGCGGAAUCGUACCAGGACGGGAGGACCGAGGACGUAGACCGGGAAACCCGGAGCCGAGCUUUCACGUGGUGUCAGAACUUUCUGUCCGGUGCGUGGAAGACCAUCAUUCUGGAGGACUUUGAUAUCAGCAUCGUAAGUGGUGGUCUCAGCAACCUCCUCUACAAAUGCAGCUUACCCGAUAAUGUGAAUCCCAUAGGGGCUGAACCUGCAUGUGUGCUGCUGCGCAUCUAUGGGGUCAUUUUACAGGGAGUGGACUCCUUGGUGACCGAGAGUGUGAUGUUUGCCAUUCUAGCAGAGCGAGAGUUGGGUCCUCGUCUCUACGGCAUCUUCCCGGAGGGACGUUUAGAAGAGUAUCUUCCUAGUAAUCGCCUGUGCACCGAGCACCUGCAACAACCAGACAUCUCAGCUGAAAUAGCCAGUAAGAUGGCCCGUUUCCACCGUAUGGUUAUGCCAUUCGAUAAGGAGCCCAAAUGGCUUUUUGUGACCAUGGAGAGGUAUAUGGAGCAAAUCCUCCAUAUUAGAUUUGUGCGCAAAGCUCAUAUCAAGAAGUUCAACAAGCUGAUGAAGUACGAUCUUUCUGCCGAGCUGGCAAAUCUGAGAGCACUACUGGAAAAGACUCCUUCACCUGUGGUCUUCUGUCACAAUGAUGUACAAGAAGGAAACGUUCUGCGGUUGGACGGCCUAGAUCAGGGUUCCUCUGAUAAACUGAUGCUUAUCGACUUUGAGUACAGCAGCUAUAAUUACAGGGGUUUUGACUUCGGGAAUCAUUUCUGUGAGUGGAUGUAUGACUACACAUACGACAAGUGGCCUUUUUAUAAGGCAAACCUGGACAACUACCCAACCAGAGAACAGCAGCUGCACUUCUUCAGAAACUACUUGUCUGAGAGUGAAGGUGCUGUACGUGAAGACCAAUCCAAGAUGGAGGAGAUGAUCAUCGAGGCAAACAGGUUUGCCCUUGCCUCUCAUUUCUUCUGGGGUCUGUGGUCCAUUAUUCAAGCCAGAAUUUCCACGAUUGAAUUCGGAUACAUGGAUUAUGCCCAGCACCGGUUAGAUACAUACUUCAAGAUGAAAAAGCUCUUUGACUAAUCAACUGUUGGAGAAUGUUUCUGGAUGGAUCAGAAUUCAGAUGAGCACAUCCUUCUUUCAUUCAUUCCCCCCCUCCAUUUGACUAUUUUACUUUUGAAAUGGUGUAAAGACCGUGAGCAGAUCCAGCGACUAACAAGUGGUCAGUAAUUUCCUACUACAUAAUUUGCUUAACAUUCAUCUACUGUAAUUUUUCUCAAACUGUCUUGCUUGGUGCACAAAUGUCCAGUAAUACAGCAACAACCGCAGAUAUGGUGCAUCCUUUUAUCUAAUCUAAUCCAAGCACUUAUGUAUACGGUACAUAUUGUUAUUUAUUUUAAUUUACUGUAUUUUUUGUUGACUUUUGACAAUGAGGAACUUCCUGAAUCAUGACUGUGAACUGUGUGUGUACGUACAGUUAAGUGUACAUUACAUUUAUUUAUAUAUUUCACACAAUACUGCAAGCUUUGCCCAUCAUUUCUCGAUAUUCUCUUUGUGAACAAGAAUUAAGAAGCAUGAAGUUGUGCUUGUGCAUUAAUGUGUAUUCUGAGAUAAUAUAAGGACCAUACACACAUUUCAGAUAGCAUGAACAUGCAUUAAAAUGGAUACAUACAUUAAGUGGUACAUUUUGUUUUAUCUUGUAGAUAAAACAAAAAAGAAAUCAUUUGAAUUAAAGAAAUUCUUGGCUUUUUGCCUUAAGUGACUGAGACUGUUAAAGCUUUAAUCAUAAAUGUGCAGGAAGUCUGGGGUGCAGGAAGUCUGGGGAGCAGGUUGGUGAAUUUUACUCUCAUACAGGUGUUAGUGGGCUGUUGGAUAUGAAACUCCGAGGACAAAGAUAAGCAAAGUUCAGGAGCGGUUACAGACCCGAGUUUAACCUACACAAAUAACAUUUCUGUUUAUAGCCCAGUAUGCUCACACGCACAUAAAAUAAGAUGCAGUAUUCAAAUAAAUGGUUGGGUUUUUUUUUUUUUUUUUUAUAGAUAUACAACCCUUUUUUUGAGGGGACAGAGUUAGAGCCAGGUAAGAAAUGAUCAAGAAUAGCGUGAAUAUAUUCUGAUGUUCUCACAACUAAGAGCACUUUUAUUGCUCAUGCCCACAAUUCAGUAGUAGUAUUCCAGAAAAUAUUUUUGUGCCUUCUGUUUCCCUAAACUAUUUGAUGUUCAAAUAUGGCAUUUUUAGUCAUGGUGAUCCUUUAACAGGAUAAUUAACCCUAAAAUGAAAGUCCUGAUGUUAUUUAGUCACCUUUACAUCAUUCCAAAACAUCAUAACUUUUUUUUUUUCUUCCAUUUUAAGAACAAUAAUUAAAGGGGUCAUGAUUGAUUGAUUUGUCAGUAUGGUUGGAGACCCAACACAGGCUGAUGUUAGUUUUUGAAUUGGACUGUGCAUGGUAUGUUUAGAUUUAUAUAGAUAAAUAACUUUAAAUUAGUCUUGUUUUUCGUCCAAAUUGUUAGUAUUUAUUCCUACAGGAAACUUGUAAUCUACAACUCACUCUUAUACCUUUGUCCUUUUUUGAAGUUUGAAAGUUUUGGUCACGGUUGCCUUUCAUUAUACAGACAAAAACCAUAGAGAACAUUUCUUCAAUUAUUUUAUUUUUGUUAAGGUUUGGAGAACUACAUUUGGGUGAGUAAAUAAUGACCCAAUUUUCAUUUUUGUGGUUGAGCUAUCCCUUUAACGCGUUAAAAUGAAUAAAAGGUAGGUAUUGCGGCGCCAAAACUUUUUUCCCAUUUCCUCUUCAUUAGAACUACCUCAGUUUGAGUGAAUGUGUGCGUCGUCUCCCCUUCCCUCUACUUUUUUGAAGCAUAUCCAAUAGCCUAAGCUAAUGAGGAAGAAGAAUGUGGAGAGAGAAGUUGGGAGUAGUUUUUAAUUUAUGUUGGUCAUGAAUUUAUAAAGAAUUUAUAAAGAACCAAAAUUACUGUGGUUUGUUUUACUUAAAUAUAUUUAUAUUCUUAUAAAAUAUAAAUAUAUUUAAUAUAUUCUAAUAUAAUAUAAUAUUCGUUAUUCUGUACAUUGACAUGACAUUACUAUAGCAGUUUUGUUUCAUUUUACAGUAGAGGGAGAGAGGCAGAGAAGUCUGAAGGAAGGAACAGAGAGACUGCCUAUGAAGCCUUAGGGAGACAAUGUAGAGACAACACAAAUGCAGACAGAGAAGGAAAGAGAGGCAAUGUGAAGAAAGAGGAGAACGAGGCUGUAUGUGAAAUGCAGACAGCAGCCUCUCUUGAUUUGAGGGAUAAGGUCCCAAACAAUCUAAACUUUUAGUCAUAUUACCCACAUGCCCUGCCGAUACUUGUCGUGUGCUGUGGUUUGCUUACACAGCAUGUUUAUCAUUUCUGUUUAUUCAGCUUCAGUUCACCUCAAUUCUUAACAUUUGGGGAACCAAUUAAGUUUGUUAUACCAUGAGUGAGUAUUUAGUGAAGGUUUAGGAUAAUAAAAAAAAAAAAAAAGUCCCACAGUUCUAUAGCAAACCCCUGAAAGCUAAAGCAUUUGUAGGGGGUUUUGAGCAUUUUUGAUGCUUCAGUUGUAAUGAAAACUGUUCUGUUAUUACAACGGUUUUUUUAACUGCUCUUAAUUGUGGUACUGAGUGGGCUGGUAAGGGGCCUGCACUCAGAUUAACACCUGCAGGUUGGUACAUCACAUCUGGCAGUUUGUGUUUGUGUACCACAAUUGUCUGAACACUAACCUGAAAGACUGGAAGUAAAAUAUUGAAGUCAAGUAUUAUAAACAUUUCUGGAACUUAGUGGAUGAAUGGUGAAUACCUUUUCAUACAUCUUUUUAUGUCUUUUUUUCUUUAAUUUGGCUAAAUGGCCACUCUGCUUGCACUAUAUUUAUGAUUGAACAACAUGCUUUAUUGUAACUUACCAAGCUUGUGAUCAGACCUUAUCCAGUAUCUUAUUUAUAGUGUCUGUAGCUAUAUGUUUAACCUUUUUUAUUUCUGUAUUUAUUUAUUUUUGCGUGGUGUGAUUUAUUUAUUGAUCUAUCAGUCAUCCAAAGCAGAUCAGUACUGAAUCUGAACCAAAUUUAAAAUAUGAAAGCACUUAAUAAUCUGGACUCAAAUACGUCCAAAAUCCAGGCCACAAGAAUUUUGAUUAUCGUUAUUUCCGUCCUUUUAGUAUACCAGGUUUAGUGAUUUCCGAUGGAAGUUAAUGCAGAGAGGCUAAUAUGUACAAGUUUUAUAAAAUGUAAAGAAUUCUCUAUACCCUGGGAGCAAUUUCAUACUGCGUGUUAGUGAGAGUUAAGCCCUACUCAUUUCAUGCAUCCCUUUUCUUACUUUCCAUCAUUACAACUACUAAUCAUUUUAAUACGUCUCAUUUAUUGCAGUCUUUAAACGACCAUAACGGUAUUGAGCUGGGUCCAGUUUUCACUUAUGUAUUAUUUGUGUCUGUGAAAAUAUUUACUUAUUUGCCUUUUAUAGGACACAGCAGCCAUUGAACCUCUUACUACAAAUAAAAAUAUUUGAAAUCUAA